UCGGUGUAGAAUUGCGGAAUUAAAGUAUCUAAGAAGAUGAAAAGAGUCGAUUUCGUGGCAUCGGCUCAAUUCAACAUAAAACUCCUUCAUUUUUUUGGAGUAUGGGUGACUCCAGAUUCAUCCCUUCUGUACCGAAUCUACGCAUUUUUCAUGCAAAUAUUAAUUGGAUACACGUUCAUGCUGAAUGUUUGCCUCAUUUUGCCGACGCAACACGAUUUGGAAGGAUUUAUGCUGAGUUUGCCCAUCUCCUUGACUAUGGCUGGAUUCGUCAUAAAGUUGGCAAAUUUAUAUGUGAGAAGAUACCAAAUCAAGGAUUUCUUCACUCUACUCAAUUCGAAUGAAAGCCAAGUCUAUGGCGAAGAAGAGUUGGAUAUAAUCCUCCGUGCAAACGAGGUUGCAAAAAAACUUAUAUACAUUUGGUUCGGGAUAUUUUUAACCGCUGGCCUAACUGCUUUAUCUCCGAUGAUCUCGUUUGACCCAAAAGUCCCUUAUCCUAUAUUCUAUCCAGAUUGGCGUGAGGGUCCUAAAAUGUUUUAUAUAUCGUGUGGAUAUCAGUUGAUCUGCGUGUUUAGUGCUAGCCUGUCUAACGGAGCCAUUGAUGCUUUCAUAUCGUACUUUUUGGUGGUUUUGGGUGGAUUGAUUGACGCCCUCCGUUGGAAGCUGAGCACUUUGAAGAAAACUGAAAAGAUGGACGAUGCUAUGGCCAGGAGAGAAUAUCUAGGGUGUAUCAGCCGACAUAAACAUUUGCUGAGGUUAGCCUCAGAGCUCCAAAGUGUCUUCUCAACAGUGACCUUUGCUCAGAUCUUUCUAUCGAGUGUGAUUGUAUGUGGACUUCUAUUUCAACUAUCUUUACUGUCGCCACUACAAGAUCCGAAAUUGUUCUUUAAACUAUUGAGUUUUGCUUCAGCAAUAUUCAUUCAAAUUUUCAUUCCAUGCUACACCGCAAAUGAAGUCCGAAUCAAAACUGAAGAAUUGAAGUUAAGCACGUACAGCUCGGAAUGGUCGGAGAUGCCCCAGGACACGAAGAAGAUGAUUAUCAUAUUCAUGCAACGACUGCAGCAUCCAAUUCUUAUAACUGUCGGUGGAAUUUUGUUCCUUGGAAUGGAAAAUUUCAUGGUGGUCUUACGGUUCUCCUAUUCUCUAUAUUCAUUACUUAGGAGAGUACAUUCGGAAUAAUCAUUUGAUAAAUUGACACGCUGAACAGGAUACCGAAAACGUCUAUUGGAAUGAAUGCAUAAAGUUACCCCUUUAUAGACUUGCACUCAAUGCUAUCACACUCUUUGUUGUAAUUGGCAAUAAAUGUUGUUAAUUGCUCUGAAA